UGUCGUCUCCCCCCCUCCCCCGGUUCCGCGGGGUUUAACACGCACGGCUCGCUCUUGUCAGACUGCAGCGUGUGGGGUCACGGGCGGGAUAUUGGAGAGACCUCUUGUGGUGGAAGGCUUGCGCGUUUCGUCUAACUGGAGGAAGCCAGUUCCAAAUGCCCCGCAAUGGAUGAAGACAGCCAGGAUGAAUUCAUAAACAAGAAUGCUGCAGUAGGCAAAGUUAAAAGAACAAAUGCGCUGCUCUUUAGUGAUGCAGAAAGCAGCGAUGGAAAUAGUGGAGACUCUGAUGACACAGGAAGUGAGGAUGAAGGUGAUACCGAUGAAGAUGGAGAUGAAGAGAAUGAAGAAAGUGAAGAUGAAGAUCUAGAAGAUGCUGAAGAGGAGGCAGAAGAUGACAUGGAAAUGACUUCUGAACAACCAGAAUAUUCUAUUAAAACAAAGCCUGAACUUAAUGGAGAAAUUAAUUCUUCUACUGAUGAAGAUGCUGAAAACUGCCCAAUAUGUCUCAAUACAUUCAGAGAUCAGGCAGUUGGAACACCUGAGAAUUGUGCCCAUUACUUCUGCUUGGAUUGUAUAGUUGAGUGGUCUAAAAAUGCCAACUCUUGUCCUGUGGAUCGAAUCAUUUUUAAAUAUAUUUGUGUUCGUGUGCGCUUUGAUGGAGAAAUUUUGAAGAAAAUACCUGUUGAGAAUACAAAAUCUCAGGAAGAUGGUCUGGAGGAAGAUCCCACCUUUUGUGAAGUGUGUGGUCGAAGCGACAGAGAAGAUCGCUUGCUCCUUUGUGACGGAUGUGAUGCAGGUUACCAUAUGGAAUGCCUUAAUCCACCUUUAAGCGAGGUACCUGUAGAUGAAUGGUUCUGUCCACCAUGUGCACCUGCAAAUGCUAUGCCUGCUGAGGCUGAAACAGAUCAGGUGAGCGAAGAAGAGGUUGCUUCACUCAUCGCUGAUGUAAUCCCUACCACCAGUCGACUGCGUCCCAGUGCCCGGACACGAGCUAUUGCUAGAACACGUCAAAGUGAGCGUGUGCGGGCCACGGUGAACCGAAAUAGGAUAACAACUGCACAGAGAAUUCAGCAUGUACCAAGAUACUUUAUGUCUUCCUUUCUUGACGAAGCAAUUGAGGCAGUUGCAGCGGGUCUGAGUACAGCUGUGUACCAGAGACCAUUAACUGCUCGGACCACAACCAGGAAAAAACGAAAAGGAGGCAGGAGAAGAAAAGCCACCAGUAAAAAAUGGCGCACAAAAUCAUCUGCUGGGAAAAAAAGCACUGGAACUUGGAUUAAGAGACGCAAGCAUCGGACAAAGAGGAGAAAGGGGAAAAAAAUCCAGGUGAAGGCUGAGGUGACAGCUCGUUCUCGAAUAGCAAAAACCCUUCAUCUUGGCAAGCCUAUACGUGGUACUUCAAUCCCUUCCAUCUGCAAGCCGAUAGAACCGUCACUUGGGUUUAUGAGAGCUGAUAUUGGAGCUGCCUCCCUCUCUGUCUUUGGGGAUCCCUUUGAACUAGAUCCAUACAACAGCAAUGAAGAACUUCCUGUUGCUAACGCAGCCUCACCAAUGAGCACCAAAAGAAGAGGUCUUUCCCAAUCAGCACUUAGAUCACAUCGCCCUGUUGCUAGGCCGGUGGCUGUUGGGCUCCCAGGGAGGGGUGUUCCUGCCUUGAUACCGGAGCCAGAAGCUGAACCAGCCCCUGUGCCCGACUUGUUGGGGAGCAUCCUGACUGGACAGAGCCUCCUUAUGAUGAGUGGUUCUGAUGUUGUUAUUAAUAGAGAUGGAUCCUUAACAGCAAAGAAAACUGUCCCAUUACUGCGUGGCAGUUCACAAGCAGAGGAAGCUUUGGAGGACAGUUCCCAAUCAAGGACACCAAUUUUGGAGACCUUAAUUACAAACUCUGGCAUUGAGCCUUCCAACUCUAAAACUCCAAUCUCAAAGCCUUGCUCGUCAUCGCCAUUGUCACUAAGCGUAACAAACAGAACAGUGACUCCUCCACAUGCUACAAUUGGGAGGGCGCCAAUCCGAUUUGAUUACUCCAUGACUCCAAGAUCUGUUCAGACUCAUAAUUUAGCCAAUCUGAAUAGAAUCGGGAGCAAACUAGGUGACUCAUUCAAAUUUAAUGGAGGCUCUAAACUACUUUUGGGCCCUCUUUCUGCACCUCCUAAACUAAACAACUCCAGUUCAGUUUCAAAAGCAAUUUAUGGCAAACAGCCUUUGAAAUCUUCUCCUAAAAGACCUGAUAUCUCUGAACUGCCAAGAAUACCAAAGAUUAAGAAGGAAGCAAACAGUAGACACCUGGGACUACAACCUGCCACUGACCAAAAUAAUAACAUUCCCAGCUCCUGUAUAACACAGUUGACUGGCAAAGGAAACACAAGUCAGCCAAUCAAAAGCAACAGAAUGGAAACCAGCAAGCCGCAGGCUACUCAGCAACAAACCCAUUCAACCGGGGUCACUUCUGCAAGUGCUGUUGCUCAUGGCAGUUCCUCGUUUUCUUCAGCAAGAGGGAGAGUUGGCAGUUCCUCCUUUGAGAGCUUUAAAAUCAACAUCCCUGGAAACAUGGCUCAUUCUAACAGACUGUCUAAUCCCGGAUUUUGCAAUACGUUUCGACCGGUGGACAAUAAAGUGCAACAGAAAGAGAAUCCUUCACCCCUUUUUUCACUGAAAAAAGCAAAACCCGUCAAAAGUGAAAUAUAUGAUCCUUUUGAUCCCACAGGCUCCGACUCAAGCUCGACACACAGUAGCCCUGAAAGGCUACCCCUCACUAAUAUUACCAGAACGAUAUCCAUAGGAAGUUCAAAAGUUCAGACCUUCCAAACUGUGCGCCGCAUUACUCCCUACCCGCUGGAAAAUAUCUUUGAAUCUGAGGUUGAUUCCUUGGAGGCACCUUCAAGUAACGCAGAAUCUCAUGAAGAUAUGGUAAUAAAGGAGAGAUUUGUGGAACAGGUGUCUGAUGCAGAAGAUGAUAAAGUUGAUGAUAAGGAAGACUCAGAUACACCCUGUAGCUCCUCAGCUAUUAAACAAGUUACUGAUGCAGAGCAGAUAAAUGAUGAUGAUAAAGAUAGCCUUGGGUUAGAUUUUGAAGAUGACUGGGAUAUAGUUACGGUAAAAAGAGAAUUAGUUAGCCCCUCAAUAGAAAAACAGCAAAACAUUAAAAGUGAGCAAGCAAGAAAGCGGUCUUUUUCAAGAUCCCCAUCAAAUUCCAGUUCUCAGGGUCAGAGAGAAGUUAAAAUUAAAAAGAUAGACAUGAAAGAAGGCAAACCUACUAAAUCAAGAUCUAGAUCAAGGACACAUUCAAGGGACAGAAGUUCCAGAUCAGCGUCCCACUCAGUUGAAAAUAAAUAUAAGAAAAGCCACGGAGUUAAAGCAAAAACUCGUCGGUCAUCUAGUGAUUGUUCCAGUAGCCACGAGCGAUCGAAAAAAAAGAAAGCAAAAAGUAAAACUAAAGACAAAAAACCAAGUGUCUGGCCCAAAGAGCAUAAGAGAUCUCGUUCGCAAUCUGGUAGCCCUGGCAAUUCUUUGGAAAUAUAUGGAAUCAAGAAAAAGAAAAAGCACUCUAGAGCAAGAGAUCCAGAAUGUUCCCGAUCAAAUAGUGCUGAGAGAGCUAAAAAAAAGAAACACAAAAGAGAGAGGAGCUAUGAUAGGUAUGAAAAGGAGAGGACCUCAAGCUCAAGAGAUACAAAAGGAUCUAGAUCUCGGGAGAAACAUAAAAGGCGUUCAAGAUCACCUCCUGAAUUAAAACCCCAUGAAUCAAAAGGAUCUAAAUCUAAGGAAAAAUCACUACAACCUCAAUCCUGCUCCAAAGAAAAGAAACACAAACCAAAAAAGAUGUCUCCACAACCUCUUCCAGAAAAAGAGCUUAGAUCUUUGGAUGACCAAAUCAGAAAUUCUGAGCAUUCUCUUUCUUGGGACCAGGAGUUGGACAACACAGAGCAAGAAGCAACAAAUAUUUAUUGUGAUCUAACGCCUGUACAAGAGAGUUCUUCAAAAGAUAACGUAAUUAAAGUUGCAUCAGAUGACUCUACUAGAGUGGAUGAUAAGUUAGAUAAUGAAGUACUUCCCUCCCAACUGGAUUGCACAGAUUUUGAAGCGUUACCUGAUAAUAUAGAUUCCCCCACUGAGAAUGAAUUGACAAUAGACUAUGAUUCAUCAAUAUUUGAUAACCAAAGCAGUGAGAGACAGGAGGAAAUUGAAAUUAAACAAGAUGAUGAUGAUGAUAUAUGUCCUUUCUUAAUAGAUUCUCUUCCUGAAAAGGAGGCAUAUACACCAAGCUGUGAUGAGGCAAGUCUAUCUCAAACUUUGCCUGAAAGCAAAAUGCCAGUACUGUCAAAAGAUGUGGAGCCUGUAUUAGUUGAAAGUACAGUUGAUGUAAAUAAGGCUGAACUGGAAGCAGUAGCUCAGAGUCCUGUGUUGAAAUCUAAAGCAUUAGUGAAGAGAGUUACGUGGAAUCUUCAAGAAGAAGAAAGUGAUAUGGUGGCCAUAGAUAAAACAGCAAGGACACCAUUCUGUAAACAGCAGAAACCGAAAGAAGGGGUCUGGAAAGCUGAGGAUUUGACCCAGUCGUUAAAUCAGGUGCAGUUAACUGAGCCUCCUCCAACCAAUUAUAUGAUUCCUGAGCCUAUGUUUCCCGAUCUAGAUUCCUCUCAGGCUUACAAUCAGAACCUGGCGUUGACCGUGCCACUUCCUUCAGCUCUCCCUCCUUAUGCACCAGUCAGUCAGCCCACUGUUCAGUUCAUCAUACAAGGGAAUCUUCCUCUGCUCACCUGCAUGGCAGAGCAGGAGUUAAUUCCAGAAUCUGGGAGCAAUUUGACCACGGCUUCAGAACCAAGUAUUCAGGCAGCUUCCACAGGAGAUGCAGAAGAAAAACUCAAAGCAUCUAAGUCUCCAGUGGAGAAAACAAAAAAUGAAGAGUACAUGAAGAAGCUUCAUAUGCAAGAGAGGGCGGUGGAAGAAGUGAAACUCGCAAUUAAACCCUUUUACCAGAAGAGGGAGAUCACAAAGGAGGAAUACAAAGAUAUUCUUCGGAAAGCUGUGCAAAAGAUCUGUCACAGCAAAAGCGGUGAAAUCAAUCCCAUGAAGGUGGCUAAUCUCGUGAAGGCAUACGUGGAGAAAUAUAAACAUAUCAGGAAACACAAAAAGACUGAGGCUGAAGAAGAGCCUCAUGACUCAACCAAGAAAUGAGAAGCAGCCGUGGGAGAAGCAGAAAAGCUUCUCCGGAUGACAAUGUUUUCCUUCCCUUCGGGGGAGGCAGAAAUACACCAUUGCAUGUUGCAAUCCCUUCUCACCCCCACCCUGGAAACUGGAUGCAGAAGACCUUCUUGCAGCUGGACACACUUUCACAUAGGAGCCUGUUUGUCUUGGAGUUGAUUGCUGAUGAGGAACCCUUGGGCUCCUUAACCUCUGAGGAAACGCUGGGGAAAGGAUGCGUGUGUGUAUGCGUGCCUGUGUGCGUGUGUAUGGUGGGGAUGGCCUAAUUAUUUGUCAUGGUUUUACUUCAGCCUCAGUUUUUUGUUUUUGUUUUUUUUAAUUUCAGCACCACUCACCAGAGUUUAAAACAGACACUUUUAUAUCUGGCAUACGACAGUGUGUGCUCCUUCCAUUGUUGUUCUUAUUUAUGAAAAAUACAGAUUCUUUUGUGAUUCUCAAAAAUUGGUUUCAUACUUGAACCGUGGUAUUUUUUUUUUCCUUGUCCUAUGAAAGAAACAUUGGACUUGUUCAAUCAAAUGGGACAUGCAGAUGUAUGUUAACCUUUAUAAAUUUUUUCUGAAAAUCCUGCCAUAGAGAUGGUGAUUAUUUACAUUCUGUUAACAGUGUCGCAAUGAGGAACUUUAUUUAGGGUUUCUGGGACAGCAUGGCAGUGAACUGAGUUGUGUCAUGCUCCCUAUUAAUAAUGUACUGAAGGCUGGUUCUGAGUUCAUCUUGCAUUCAAAAAGCUGUCUUUGAACAAGAGAGAUGGAGAAGACCAGAGUUUGGAAAGCAAACGCAAGGAAUGCAACCAGACCAUGUAUACAGCAGAAAUCUUACAAUUUAUAAAAUUAUUUUGAAUUGUUUCUUA